GCGCCUGAAUGUUGCGGGGCAAAGCGUGGAAGUACAAGAGUCUGCAUUUGAAGGGCUUAUUCAUUUGAAGGACCUUUCUGUUUACAGAUCAAGAAUUUCAGGCCAUUUAACAAUUGAAAGCACAGCUUUUAAAGGACUAACUGGAUUACAUACUUUCAGUGCUUUUGGAUGUCUUGAUAGAUUAAAGCCAGAUUUGUUUUUUGGUGUAGAAAAUGUGGAAUACUUAAGCCUCAGACUAAGCCCAUGCUCAAUAUACACCCUACAACCUUUUGUUUUUUCAAACCUUCCACAGUUGAAAUAUUUGUACCUCAGUGGGGAUUGUAUUUCAGAAAUAAGGACCAACGCCUUUUCUGGACUACAGAACCUGGAAAACUUGACUAUAUCAUCCCAAAACCUGACACGUCUUGAGGCAUCCUGCUUUGCCCAUCUGCCUUCCCUCAGGGUUCUCAAUCUUCAAUACCUGAUGUUCUCCAGCCCCGGGCACUCUGGUAUGGAGCUCCUGAAUCUGACCUCAAUCUUUGGUGGGUUCCCUCGCCAUUUGUCUGAACUCACCCUUGCAUCCAGAUCUCGCCCCAUGACUCUGGUCAUUGCUGAUGACAGCAGCCCAGAGGUGGACCUGAGCCUCUCUCUUCAAGGCCAGAAGAUUGUGUUAUGGGGUUGUGACAAGCCUUUCCUAAAGUCAGUCACAAAACUGGACAUUUCAACUGAGGUCUUUGUUUGCGCACCCAAUGAUACUGCUCCUUUCUAUUUCUUGACAUCUGUGGUAGAGUUAAGUUUAUGUCAGUGGUUUGCAAGUACAGUUCACAAACUUGCUGUUCUAAACAGACUAGUUGAUUUAAAGCAUCUUCUCCUCAGAAAGGUUAACUUCAUUAAUCUGCCAGACAUGGGUCUAAUGUUCAAAAACUUGACCAAACUGGAGCAAUUAAGUCUUUUUGAGUGUCAGGCAGAUGCUUUGGAGGUAGACCUUAUUCAGGACAUGACCUCUCUGAAGUACUUGUACCUGCACAUAGUAUCAACAGAAGUCAACAUAUCUCCAGAUUUCUUUGGGCAUCUAACCAACCUAAGGUUUACACUAAUCAAGAUUCAACUCCGCUGCACAUGUGACAACACCAGAUUUGUUUGGUGGGCAGAGCAGCAGCAGCAAGCGGAGGUGUACUUCUGGCCUAUCCUGGACAAACCCUUGCAGUGCCUUUCAGGAGGUGGCCCACAAGACAUUCACCAGUAUGGCCAGGCCCACUGCAGUCUAGACGUGGGCUUCCUGAUGUUCGCCAGCACGUCAUGCCUCGUCCUGCUCUUCAUGACAACUGUAGUGUUGCAUCAGAUGGCCAGAGAGUACCUGCUGGCCUUCUACCACAUUGCUCACGGCUGGAUGAAUGAGGCUUUGCGCGGGAGAAACACAGGACCACGCUACCAGUACAAUGCCUUCGUGUCGUACAGUGGCAGAGACGAGCGCUGGGUGGUGGAGAGAUUCCUUCCCAACCUGGAACAAAGGGGCCCCCCGUUCCUGCGACUCUGCCUGCACACCAGGGACUUUCAGCUGGGUAGGGACAUUGUUGAGAACAUCACGGACGGUCUUUACCGAAGCCGCCGCACCCUCUGCCUGGUCAGUCGCCACUUCCUGCGCAGCAACUGGUGCUCCCUUGAGAUGCGGCUGGGCACUUAUCGACUGCAGGCUGAACACAGAGACGUGCUCAUCCUGGUGUUUCUGGAGAAGAUCCCCUCUAACCUGCUCUCCGCUCACCACAGGUUGGCCCGACUGGUCAAGACCAGAACUUACAUGGAAUGGCCACAGGACCCUGCACAACAACAGGCUUUCUGGGACAGACUAUGGAAAAAACUGUUGGAAGGCAGGGUGCAAUGAGUUGAAUUUCAUCAAGCUCUCUGUAGAAAACAAAAGUGUGAUCAUGAUCAUGGAGAAAUAGUUUUUUUAGGAUAUGACAUGUGUUAGCACAUCAGUGAAAGCAGACAGUUUCAAAUGGUGAAUUUUAAAAAGAGCAACGGUAUUGAAGUGGACAAGUGCCUUAGAUGUAGAUGUAAACAUUUAAUUGCUUUAAACUUCAUAAGAGUGUGAUAAUGCUUGCUGAAUUUAAACAUGUGUACAGUGUACAGUAAGAGCUUAUUCUAUUACAAUGUAAGUCAAGCCUUUGAUGUUGGUUCCAUGUCAUUUAUACUGUAUUUUUAACAAUGUUCUUUAUUAAUGUUUUUUAUAUGCAGCUAACUUUAAGAUGAAUAAUACCCUUUGUGAAUGUAAUGCAGUGUGAUAGAAAAAUAAAUAAGGUUGUCGCUAAAACUCUGGACAUUUUUGAACUGGUAUCUAGCUCCUGCUCUGUGAUGAUUCUGUCUAAAAUUGUAAUUAAUUAAAAGUGAAGAUAGGCCUCUCCUUCACAUGAUUUUCAAAUAAGGUAUUGAAAAAUAAAAAGGAUUGUCAGAGUCUUGGAAUGAAAAAUUAUACCACACCUCGGACAUAGUGUCAGGUUCAACACAUGUCUCUAUGGAAAAAUACAAUUUAUUUUCUUUUUUAUCAUUCUGUUUGAGGUCAUUAAAAGCA